GCUUGGCGAGGAGAUGGUGGACGAGCACUCACUCCUUUAUUUUGGCUUUCAGGGAGGUCACUGUGACAUUGGAGGAUGUGAUGAACAUGAUGUUCUUAACCAUCAUUGGGGAAAAGGACCCAUGCUACAUAAUGUUAACGUCAGAUGAGCACUCCACUAAAAUUGCUUUGAGGAGGCUGAUGAGGAAGAACAUGAUCGCUUCUUCUCGAUCAUGGAGAGGUGAUUAUAGCAUUGACUUUCCAAUGUGGAUGCUGUAUUUUUGGAUUAGCGAAGGUAAGGAUAGCUUGUACGUGUGUGUAGCCUUCCUUACAACUUGGCUAAGCAAUUUCAUUUUCAAAGGUUUCCUGAACCAUGAAAUCAUGGCUAAGUGUAUCUUGUUGGCCAUCCGCUUGGCUAAAGGUGUAAAGCUCCCUUUGGCGUCAGUGAUGCUAGGUUUGCUCUAUCACAUGCUUGAGCUGCUUCAUGCUGAUGAAAUUCUUGGUCUUGUAUACUAUAUUAUUGAGACAUAUGCAUGCUUGUUUUUGCUGCAAAUGUUUGUGUGGGAGAGAUUCUAUCCAUAUUAUCUUGGUCGUGUCACUAGCGGUAAGGUUUUGAAAGAAUAUCCGAUGGCGAAGUAUGGUUACAGUAGUGGAACAACUCCAUUGGCCUACUCUUGGAUUGGGAAGUGGAAGGUAAAGGGCCAAGUGGUUCUAGAAAUUGAUGGCUUUCUCAAUGAUCAUGGUAGCUCUUGGACAGCUUCCAAGGAUGGCUUCAACCUUAUCCCUGUUCUUGACGGUGAAGAUGCUUCAUCCAAGUCAGAAGAAGCCAAGGAGGUAGAAGCUCUGAAGGUGAAUAUGGAGGAGGCUUUAGCGAAUCUUGUAGUUCAUCAAAAAAUCUUAGCUAAAGAGAUAGGUGAGCCUCCACUUCUUGACUAUAUACUUAGCCUUGUCAAUUCCAUCAUUAAUUGGAGUGAUUAUGCGUCUUUCGCAGCUGAAUUGGCGAAGAAGGCUAAGGCUAGCUCUGUUCCUCCCUCAAAACGAGGUGUGAAGGUUUCCUAUGGUACUCCUAAUGUGGUGAAGAGACCUGAGGUAGCCAAAGCUCAUCCAAAAGUGACCAUAUUGAAGGCAUGCUCGAUUAGUAAGCUUCCUCCAUUUAGCACUGGGAAGGCCAAAGUUGGGGCUGUUGCUAGUGAAGGGAAGAGAAAAGCAACUGUCGAAGAGAUUAGCUUUGAUUCCAAUGAGAACAGUAAAAGCAAAUCUAACAACAGUGACACGUCAUCCAUAAGCAAGAAUGGUUUGGAGCAAAGAAACGAGGAUAAGGGUCCCCAUGAUAGCAUUGAUAUAAACAAGGCUGCAUCAAAUGAGCUUGAAUUAGAUGUGGGAGACGCUAUGAAAAAGCCUGUCUCUAGUGGGAACUUAAAUGAGAUGGACAAGGAUAGGGAGAUGUCCUUGACUCGAUUUGGCUUGGUGCCCACUAGAGAUGCUUGGUCAGUGGGCAAGGUUAAGGUAACUCCCUUUGUCAAAAUGAAUGAAGACUCCUACUUAUGCAAGGAUGUCAUUGAUGAUGCUGAGAAUAUAAACUUCGAAGUUGGCACUAUUCGAGCACAUCUAUUAGACUUGGCAAAGGCAUUCCUUGACAAGGGCGAGUUUGGCAUGGUUGGGGGUGACAUGGCCCAUAACUUGGAUAGAGGGAUUGAGGAACAGGCAAAGCACGUUAAAGAGAUGGAGAAGUCCCUGGCCGAGAUGAAGGAGUUCGUCCUUAAAUCGGAGGAGAGGCUGAAAUCGACCAAGGUGUACUUGGAAUCGCUCAACCAAGACAAAGAGCUUCUAGGUUCUUGGGAGAUCGUUCAGCUCUGCCAUGCUUGCAUCAAGAUUGCUAAGACCUGUGGUGAUGAGCCUGGUUGUUUUUGGCCAUGAGUAGCUAUUUGUACUACCUUCUUUUCGCCUCCUAUUUUGUUUUCUCUAAUAUGUAUUGAUUGUUGGUGAUAUUGCCAUGAUGUAACCAUCUGAUUGUGCUUGCCUUGGGUUGAACAUCUUAUUAUCCAGUAAAGUCUAGACCUCAGU